AUGCGAGGAGGCACGAGAGCGCGGAGAGUCGCAGCGAUGCGCGCAGUCUCCGCCUACACCGCCUCCGAAGUCUCCUCCAAGUUGCCAACGCCACCGAAGCUGCCGAAUCCGACUGCGCCGCUGUCGCCGCGCACGCACCGCCUGUCCAUGUCGGCGGUCUCCAUGCAGCGGCUCAAGGUGUCGCCUUGCAAGGAGCAUCAUCGAGAGUUCUGGCUCCCUUCCCGUUCGGAUGCGCUGCGUGAUCCGCUGCAUCCAUCCGUGAUGCAGGGCCACCGGGAUUUCCGGACGAAGGACUUCGUGUGGAGCCGACCGCCCACGGACUACCGGGCCAGCAACUGGUACAUCGAGAAUCAUUGGGCCCUGCACAGCAUGCGCAAGUCCGAGUCCGAACCCUCGAAGGUCAAGCAGCCAUGGACCAGCAGUGCUCAGUUCCAGUCGUGCUGCGUUGGAGGCGUCGGCGGCGGCAGGAAAGGUCGCAACAAAGGCUCGUACGAAGACGACUUCGCCGGCGAGCUCAGAGGGCUCUCGAUGGGGAGUUUGCUCUAUGCCUGGACAGCCGAGCUUCCUGAAAGGCCGGCGAAGCCGAUCAUUAGCAAGUCCAGCGGCGAGCCGCCCCUGCCAGUGAGGCUGACAAUACCCAAGAUCGAGGCCAGGCACACGGAGAGUAGCUUCGCACAUCGACAGUGCCCAGUUAAGACAUGUGAAAUCGAUGCAGCGUGGCACGGGUCCUCCUCCUCCUCCUCGUCCUCUGCCUUUUUGGGCGCUGUGGCUGUGGGCGCCGCAGCCGGUGCCCUUGCAGGCGUUGGCCUCACGCUGGCACUGCGACGGCCGGCAGCACCGCGGCCUCGCCCAGGCAUCAAGGCUUCCGCGCAGGUAGCCGACAAGCUGAAGCAGGCUCUCGUGGUGCCAGUGGUCGCAAUGCAGGACGCCUCCGGCGCUCCGGCGCUUGCCGCGGCUUUGAUGGAGGGUGGACUCACAGCCAUCGAGGUGGUCUUCCGGACCGCAGCGGCCGAGGAGGCGCUGCGGCGGAUGGCUGCCGCGGAGCCCAGCGCCUUGGUGGGUGCCGGCACGGUUCUGUCUGCAGAACAGGCCAAAAGAGCCGUCAGCGCCGGAGCCCAGUUCAUUGUCUCUCCGGGGCUGAACCCAGAGGUCGUAAACUGGUGUCUGGAAAACGGCGUUGCCGUCAUCCCGGGCGUGGCCACACCGACCGAGGUUGAAAGUGCCAUGCGCAUGGGCCUCUCCGUGCUGAAGUUCUUCCCAGCUGAGGCCAAUGGCGGGGUGAACACCCUCAAGGCCAUCUCGGCUCCGUAUGGGCAGAUCACCUGGAUGCCCACAGGCGGCAUCUCCGAAGACAACCUUGAGAAGUACUUGAUGAUGCCGCAAGUGGCAUGCUGCGGUGGCUCCUGGAUGGUUCCUCAGGAUGCUGUCGCCCAGGGGAACUGGCGGUACGUGAAGGAGUUGUCCCAGCGGGCGCGUCAGCUCGCCCAGUCCAUCGCGUUGAAGAAGCGGAAAUGA